AUGAUUGAGUAUGCCAUAGAGACUCAACUCAUUGAUGCUUCUGGAUUCGUCGCAUUCGCACUCAAGGAAUUCCGUCUCGGAAAAUUUUUAGAACAAGCAACUUGCUGCGUCGAUAAUAAUGUAAACAAAGAUUGCUUAUGUGAAAUUUAUGUUCAUAUUUGCAUCGGUGUUGUUUCCGAGCAUCGCAACAAAUACCAUCGAGACUGUUCGCUGCUGCACCAUAAUUCGAAAAUUAUAGCUCACACGCAACUUCGUAACUACUAUAACGUGAGCAUACCAUUUGACGUACGCUGGCCUACUCAGAUAAAAAUGCUAGAAAUCUUUAGCCCUUCACUGAAUUCUGAUCUUUUGAGUUUAAUGCAGCUAAUAGUUUUCGAAUACUUAAUUCCGUUUGAUAAUAACUGA